AUGCGUUCUGGUGUCUUUCUUUCUCUGGCUCUGGGCCUCUUCUCGGCCGAGUCACUUGCCUCGCCAUGCAAGCCACAGUCGGGGUCCUCUUCGGUCGUGACUGUGUCAUCAGUGACUUCGACCUCGGUGACCUCCUCGGACCUGUCACUGUCAUCCACAGUCACAGAGACAUCUACUGAGACCGAGUCCGAGACUUCCAAGGUGACAGAGUCGAGCGCAACUACUGAAGUUGCAUCUUCGACCGAGUCAGUGAUCUCAGAAACCGCCUCGACUACUGUAUCUAAUGCUGAUUUUACCACGCUCUCUACUGAGUCCACAACCGCUGUGUCGUCAACCGAAUCCGCUACGUCUGCCUCCACAACCGAGUCUGCUUCCUCUACCGCGGUGACUGAAUCUGCGACUACCGGAUCCGCUACCCAGUCCACGACAGAGUCUGCAGAGCCCUCUACAUCCGAGGCUGCUUCCACUUCCUCCAGCUCGGUGGACGCUUGCGCUACCCCUAACCCCAACCCGGCCUUCAAGGCAGUCGCCCAGGGCAGCGGGGGAAGCCAAGUGAUGAAGACCAACGGUCAGCACGCCUCCAACAUCGUCCUCAACAUAGAGUCCAACGACUACUCGCCUAUGGGUUUCACCAUUGAGCCGUGCACUAACUACCUGCGCCAAACCAACGGCAAAUACGUUUGCGUCAACUACGGACCCUCAGACUAUUUCCCACCAGUCUUGGUUAGCUGCCAGCUGCCAGCUAUCAGCUGGUUCAGGCCCUUGAGCUGUGAGCAACCCGUCGCUGGGCAGCCUCUGGUGUGCACCGCGCCGCGGGGCGAGUGUACUCCUGGAUGCCACGAAACGGGGGGCACCCCUUUCAGCCAGUUCUAUUCCAAGGCGUCUCCGGAUCCAUUCCAGCCGGCCACGUUGUUGUACCUUGGAAACUCUGUUGAGGAGGGCGUUCCGGAGACUUACACGGCUGUCGAUUUUGUUGCCCAGCCCUAUGCUGCCGAGCCUCCAGCUCCUACCGAGUGA